CCGCCGGGAAUCGCCCGAGACCAGGCAGACCUCCGUAGGGCUUCCUCCACCAGGGCCACUGAGGCCAGGCAGACCUCCGCCCGGAGGACCUCCAUCAAGAGCACUGCCGCCCCCACCAGCGUUGCCGCCGACGACAACGCCACCGCCACCACCGGGGCUGACCCCGACGCCACUGCCACUGACCCUGAUGCCUCCCCACAGGUGGUCGUGAAGCCCGUGCGCAACGUCCGCUUCCCCAACGACAUCAUCUUCCAGGACUUUGUGCGCCAUGGCGACCUGGAGCAGAUUGGACGCUUCAUGCGGGCUCGCAAGGUCCGGCUGGACAAGUUCUUCCUGUCCGGCAUGGCAGCGCUCCAUGAGGCUGUGCUCUCUGGGAAUCUGGAGUGUGUGAAGCUCCUGGUCUUCUACGGAGCCGAUGUCCACCAGAGAGACGAGGACGGAUGGACACCACUACACAUGGCCUGCAGCGACAGCUUCCCUGAGAUCGCCAAGUACCUGAUAUCCAAGGGUGCGGGUACCGAGGCCGCCAACGCUAACGGAGACAGGCCCGCUGACCUCAUCGACCCCGAGUGCAAAGAGCUGGUCGAGAUGUUCAAGGUCGGCUGUGUCUGAGGACCGGCCCUCCGUCUCUCUGUCCGUCCAUCUCCAGCUCUCUCGGUCAUUCGGCCUUUCGCCCUCUCUCUUCUCUGGGAAGGACUGGGCUGGAAUAUGAGAAGGAUUCAACCUGAGAAGGACACAUCCUGAGAAGGACACAUCCUGAGAGAGAAGGAAACAGCAUGAGAGAGAAGGACACAUCCUGAGAGAAAAGAACACAGCCUGAGAGAGAAGGACACAUCCUAAGAAGGACACAGCCUGAGAGAGAAGGAAGCAGCAUGAGAAGGACACAUCCUGAGAAGGACACAGCCUGAGAGAGAAGGAAACAGCAUGAGAAGGACACAUCCAGAGAAGGACACAGCCUGAGAGAGAAGGCCACAUCCUGAGAAGGCCACAUCCUAAGGGCCUACACCAGAAUCUCUGAUGAGGUGUCUGUCCAGUGCUGGAUUGAUGUUGUAAAAACAAAACAAACAAACAGACACACAGACUCCUCCCACUCCAUGGCAGGACUUGUCCUUGUGUGACCCAGGUUUUAUUUGUGUGUGUGUGUGUGUGUGUGUUUUUGUGUCUGUUUCUGUGUGUGUAUGUUUGUGUGUCUGUAUGUGUUUGUCUGUGUGUGUGUGUGUGUGUGUGUGUGUAAAAUGCUUUAGUAGGAAACACACCAGUAGUUAGUUUAUCACAGCUCACACACCCUCUGCUCUACCACUACCACUGUGCCCUCACACACACACACACACACACACACACACACACACACCCUCACUCCUGGGUGUUUGCAGCGUCUAGUCCCACCUCCUCUGUGUCCUACUGCCUGAAAAGUGGCACACUGCCACCUGUCUCAUUUGGCCUCAGCAACAGCAGCGGCUGCAGUACACACACACACACACACACACACACACACACACUUCCUCAUGAAGAUGUCAAAUGUCAAAGCCGCGUCUUAAUCAAAUUACUCAUGAAAUGCAGUGCUCUCCACGCUGCAAUCAGAGAUCAGAUGGAUGCCGACACACACACACACACACACACACACCAGCUCUCAGACUGCGAUCAGAGAUCAGAGGAAGGCCGACAGCACGAGGUGCGAACCAGGAAGCUCCUGUUGACCCCUUGUGUGGAGUGGUCGUCACCAUGCCAUGGGAGUGACUCGUGUGUGGCACACACACACAAACAUACACACACCCACACACCUACACACACACACACACAUACAGCCACAGGGAGUUGUGUGCUGCAACAAGGACGCUAAUUUGCUGUGACCACCUCACAGCUCGUACAGUAGUGGAACUUUGUUUGGAAAUGGAUUUGGUCAGAUAAGGGUCAGACCUGCACACACUCUGCCUCUGCGGGGCAGUUGGAGACCACGCCCACUCCCUCUGCUACCAAGUGGACGGUGUGUCCACGCGGCGGCCAUGUUGCUUGUGACGUCACUGGUGCUGAAGCGACGGGUCACUCUGGGAAACGUCUGGGCGUCAAGUGCACAGUGCACCAGACUAGGUGCACCCUGGGUAAUGUCUGCGCAUUAAGUGCACAGUAUACCUGAAGACCUGCUGAAUGUCUCCAAAAGUCUUAUUUUUCUGUUUGAUUUUGUUUUAUACAUUUUCAUAAAUAAAGCUGCUUUUUAUAACAAUCA